GACUUGAACUCACUAUGUAGCCCAGGGACGCGGCCUGGGACCCCGGCCAUGGCGGCACUUUGAGCAGGCCCUGGCGACAGGCAGGGGGUUUCCCCUUCUGGCCUUGCCAACCAGGCAUCAAGAUGCUGAGCCUGAAGCUCCCCAGGCUGUUCAGCAUAGACCAGGUGCCCCAGGCGUUCCAUGAGCGGGGCAUCCUCUUUGGCUACCGGCAUCCACAGAGCUCAGCCGCUGCUUGUGUGCUCAGCCUUUUCCAAAUGACCAAUGAGACCCUCAACAUCUGGACCCACCUGCUGCCCUUCUGGUUCUUUGCAUGGAGGUUUGUGACUGCGCUGUGUGUGACAGACAUCCAGAAUGACAGCUACUCAUGGCCGAUGCUUGUGUACAUGUGCACCAGCUGCGUGUACCCCCUGGCGUCCAGCUGUGCGCACACCUUCAGCUCCAUGUCCAAGAACGCCCGGCACAUCUGCUACUUCCUGGACUACGGCGCAGUGAAUCUCUUCAGCCUGGGCUCGGCCAUCGCCUACUCCGCGUACACCUUCCCGGACGAGCUGGUGCACACGGCCUUCCGGGAGUACUACGUGGCCCUGGCUGUGUUCAACACCAGCCUCAGCACCGGCCUCUCCUGCUAUUCCAGGUUCCUCGAAGCCCAAAAGCCCGGGCUUUCCAAGCUGCUGCGCCUCCUGGCCUUCGCGUACCCCUACAUCUGGGACUCCCUCCCCCUCUUCUACAGGCUCUUCCUGUUCCCGGGGAUAAGCGCACAGAACGAAGCCGUCUUGUACCACUGGAGGCACACGGCCAUGACGCUGCUGGCCUCUUUCCUGUACUCCGCACACCUGCCCGAGCGCCUGGCCCCGGGCCGCUUUGACUUCAUCGGUCACAGCCACCAGCUGUUCCACGUGUGCGUGAUCCUGGCCACGCACAUGCAGACGGAGGCCAUCCUGCUGGACAAGGCGCUGAGGAAGGAGUGGCUGCUGGCCGCGUCCCAGCCCCUCUCCCUCUUGCAGAUCGCCGCUGCCCUGCUCGCGUGCCUCCUCUUUAGCCUCGGCAACAUCGUGUACUUCUCUGCUGCGCUGUAUCGGACUCCGGAGGCAGAGUUACAGAGAAAGGAAACAUGAAGCUCUCAGGACAGAAGCUUCCUGUCGGUGUCACUGCUAGGCAGCGACUCUCAGCUGCUGUGAGCUGGCGAUGUGGUGCUGGCUUACAGAGGCCAAACGGUCCCCGAGGACUCCAGGGUGCUUUUGACUGGGUUCACGUCGUUGAAGGGUAUUUAACUCGAAGAUUUCUCUAAAUGGGCACUGAUUCUAUAUAUAUAUAUAUCUUUUUUUUUUUUUUUUGUACUGAGAAUCAAACUCAGGACCUUGCACUUGCCAG